AGAGGCUCAUAUCAGCCAUGCAACGCCAGUAUUCAGCAGUUCAUUAAGAAAGGCAGCGAGAAACAAUUUUCUCUCAAUUCUGUAGCUGUUGAGCACGUCCAGUCUGCUUCGACCUCCCUAGAACAAGCGGCUACGCCACAAGUUGAAAAGUCGCUUAAAGAGUUGAAGAAAGAUGAGAAGAAGCUAUUUCACAGAAAUAAGCUCAACCUUAUAGCCGAUUCCUCCGAGGAGGGAUGGGAAGUUGUGAACGAAUACCAGCGCAGGGAUCUUGACGAUGACAACGACGAUGGCAAGCGCAUACGACCGGCCAAGGAAAGGGCUUCACAGAAACGCCGGCGCGCCCAAUCGGCGAAAGAAAAACCGCCUUUGCGUCCUCAAAAGCACCUAGUCUACCGGUUUCCCCGCUGCCCAUCGUGGUUUCUGGUGACGGAACUCUUGUCUCUCCGUCUUAUCGAGAUAUUUCUUCAUCAGGCCUUAGUUUUGCGAACCUUUCGGUGCCGUCAAUUGGCCUGGGGGCAGUUGCUUCACUUCUAUAAGUUUCGGCCAUUUCAGAAAUUAGUGCCUCGUCUUCCAAGCUCAGUUUUCCGCUAG